AUGGCGGUGCAGGUGGGUGAGGGCCACUACCAUGCACAGUUGGAGUGGGAAGGGUGGAGGCAUCCAGCAGACCACCUAUUGGCCACCAUAGAGCUGGAGAAGAUCUAUGUCUUCUCUUCAGACCCCAAGCAGAGGGGCCGUGGGGGUAAGGAGGCUGCAGCCUACGGGGCUCUGUUUCCUGUGUUUUACCUUCAGUUCGAAGCCUUCUGUGCAGGGGGCCUGGCCCCAGGCUGGAGCCUGACAGUACAGGGACAUGCAGAUGCUGGAGAGGACAAGUUUGAGAUCAACUUCCUAACUGACUCGGGAGACAUCGCUUUCCACGUCAAACCCCGAUUCUCCAGCGCCACGGUGGUGGGCAACGCCUUCCAGGGAGGACGCUGGGGACAGGAGGAGGUGUCUAGUGUGUUCCCACUGACCCUGGGAGAGCCCUUUGAGAUGGAGGUGAGUGCAGAUGCAGAACACUUCCACAUUUACGCCCAGGAACACAAGAUACUCCAGUUCCCACAUCGUCACCGACCACUGGCCACCAUCACCAGAGUGCGGGUACUCAGCGACCAUCGGCUGGCCCAGGUGGAGCUGGCCAAGCGAAGCCUGAGCUGGGGGGAUGGGGGCUUCUGAGUGGACCACACAGCCUCCAAGAGCCUGGCUUGGCCAUCCUGACUGUGUCCUCUGCCACUGGGAGCUGUACCCUAUGGCUGCAGGGGAGCUGGGGUUCGAGAUGCAACCUACCAACUUUACCUUCAAUAAAAUAUGAGCAGGCUACA